CCCUGCCAAUGGUAUGAAACGACAUAUUCCAUGGCGUGUGCAUUUUUGUAUAGCCUUCCGCCGAGCCACCAACAUGCAGCGCGGCUCCUCUUCGUUGGACGCGGAUCGUCCGACGACCGAAUACAAGUCCCAGGAAUCCAACCAGGCGACCAAAUUGGAUAUGGUCGACGUUGCUGUGGCGGACGUGCCGCCCCCUCCCGCUGCCACGACCUCGUCCAGCAAGAAGAAGUGGCUGAUUGCGGGUGCGAUAAGCGUGGUGGUGCUGGCCGGAGCUGGGGCUGCCACGGCCAUCGUCCUAGUGAAGAAGAGCAAUUCGUCCACAUCAUCGUCGUCGGACGCUGCCAAAGGCUCUACGUCGUCGACAGCAGCCCCAACGAUCCCCCCUGUGGACGACGGGGAUCUCCUCGGUCCCUCCGGCAACUCGACGGGGUCCAGUGGCAGCCAAACCUCCGUGCCUUCGAACCCGAAAUCGGACCCCGAAGCUGCGACGGCGGCGUUGACGAUGCUGGCGAUUGGAGACUGGGGCAGUACCACCGGCAAAGAGUUUGGCGUGCCUGGGUCGUGCUGCAAGUUGUACAAGCCGAGCAAUCUGAUCGAUACGAGCAACCCUCGUUACAAGGUCGACUUUUGGUCUCAACGAUAUGUAGCCACCCUUCUUGGUCAAUCCGCAGCUGAGCUUAAGCCGUCCCGCAUCAUUGGGCAUGGCGACAACAUGUACUGGAAUGGCGUCGGGUCGUUGGAUUGGAAGUACCGGUUCGAAGAAACGUUUGAAAAGGUUUAUGAUGCGCCGUCACUGCAAGGGAUCAAGUGGGUCAACGUCGCUGGGAACCACGACAUUGGCGGGUCCACCUUCAUUUGCGGCGAACAGGACAACCAGUUCGUCGAGUGCGCUAGCACGGCGGAAAUGCUUAAGUACCUCAACGAACGAUUCGACCUUCAAGCCCAGUAUGUCAGUCCAAACCAGAACCGCUGGCUCAUGAAAGGCCAUUACUACGUUGAACGCGUGACCAAGAACGACGUGACCGUGGACAUUUUCAACUUGGACACCAACUACGCCGACAGCCAUGGGGGCCGUCAAGUGUGCUGCCAGUGCUACGGGUAUUCGCAAAAGUACGGUUACGAUAGCUCCAAGUGUAACGACGUUGUGGCCGGGGACGCAGCUUGUGCUGGUGGCAAUGUGGAUAUGUUUAAUGCCUGCAUGGACCAGAUCGAUGCGUGGGCAGUGGACUCGUACAUGCAAGCGGCGCGUGACAUGAAAGCAUCCACGGCGGACUUCAAGAUCAUCAACACGCACUACUCGCCGCAUUUUCACAUGACCCCCGACAAGAUGAAAAAGUGGUACAAGCUGACCAAGGACACGAACGUUGCGGUGUGGUUCAACGGCCACACGCACGGCUUCAACCACGACAUUGCCAACUGGGGCACCCAUUUCAUUGAAAACGGGGGCGGCGGGGGGAUCGUCACUGAGACGUCGACCGGGGCCCAGAACGAGUUUUUGAAAAGCCAGUGGAUUGCUGCGGGCAAUCCGUACGGGUUUAUGGAGCUGAGUUUCUCGAAAGAUUGGCUCAAAGUGCAGUUUGCCACGUUUGACACGGCGUGGCAGUUUGGGGGCGUCAACUACGCCGACACGGUGCAGGGGGGUGUCAACAGAGGCCACUGCUGGUACAUACCCAGCGCUUCAUAUACGGCGUUGGGGGCGCUGGGCGUGCCAUGCAAUGAUUCUGUCGACGGCGUCAUCGGGGCCCCCAUUCGUUAAGACUCACCUUGGUGCAUAAUGUACAUUGAUCAAUAUAUCUUGGACAUCGCAUA